AUGGAAGCCGCCAAAGCCGCCGUGAAUAAAUUCACCUCGAAUCGGGGCCAUCACACUACCGUGGAUGAAACAGUCAACCCCGUCGUCACACGGGAGACCGUCAAGCCUGUUCGACAUGAGGAAGCUCAACAGGCUAUUGACCGUGAAGUCCACCAACACCAUUACCACACCACUGUCCAGCCCCUUGAACACAGGGAGCAGCUUCCAGAGAAGCACACACAUAAUGUCCUUCCAACUGAACACCGAGAAUUCCACCAUGAGAAUGAAGGACACGUCAAACAGAAGAUAGAGGCCGAACUCGGCCACUUCAAGGACACCAAGAGGGUCGAAAAUGUGCGUGAGACACGAUCAGCCGCCCCUGCCGUCACUGGCGAGCAUGUCCACCAUCACGUCCAUGAGACUGUGGUGCCGGUUGUCCACAAAGAGACCAUUCAGCCCGAGGUUGUCCACACCACCAUCCCAGUUCAUGAGACACAUCACGCUGCGAGUGAGCAUCAUGGUCUCUCUGCUCUGCCUACGAAGACUCUUGAGGAGUUUACGCAAUCUGGCGGAGUUCUUCGCGGUGGAAGACAUGAGACCCACGAAGAAUAUGAUGGUCCCCCGCGUCCUUACAACGAGAAGUUGCAAACCGACCUGCACCAGCUUGGUCUGCAUGAGACUGGUAAGACUACUGGUCACACCGGUGGUCUCACUACCGGUGGAAGUACCUCUACUUCAAACUCUCACCGGACUGCCGAUUCUGGUGUUGGCGGGCUCAAUGAAGGUCGUCGCGGUGAAUAUGUCAACGACACCGGCAGCAAACAUAGUUCCGGCCUUAACAGCGGUGUCGAAGGAGGUACCAAGACUAAGCCGAGCUUGUUGGAUCGUCUGAACCCUCGCAAGGACGCUGACGGUGAUGGUAAAGCUGGCCUUGGUGAUUAG